AUGACCGCCAGCUCCAAGUCCCGUCGCCUGCCCUCCGCGGCCCCCGACUCCGCCGCAAGUGACGCACAGAAACGCAGAAAGAACGUUGGCACCGCAUGUUCCGCUUGCAAAGCUCGCAAGCUCAAGUGUACCGGAGCGCCUCCCUGCGCUAACUGCCUUAAAAGCGGCAUCGAAUGUACCCUCGACGAAACCGCCGAUAGACGCCGACGGGGAGUCUUGAAACGCAAGAUUGAUAAGUUGGAGGACCAGGAGGAUUUGCUGGGUCGCCUGCUCGAGUUUUUCCGGGAAGGCAAUAAUCGUUGCACGAUUCCCCUUUUGAACCUCAUCCGCAGCCAUGCCUCACCAUCCGAGAUCCGUUUCUAUAUCGAACACCAAUUGCCACGAUCGAAACGUACGCAGACUCCGGAGUUAUUGGAAGUGUGCAGGGAAAUCGAACAGCGCCAGUCUUCCGAGCCGCUGCGCAAGCGUCGCAUCCUUGAUACUGCUCCUAAUGGAUCCCACGAUACCCCACGAUUGUCCGUCCCCGCGCAGCCUUGGACCUCAAUCGUCGCCGACGAUGACCUCGUGUCCCGAUUGAUAUUUUUAUGGUUUACCUGGGUUCACCCGUUUUGCAACUUCAUUGACCGCGAUCUCUUCACCCAGGACAUGAAGUCUGGAUCGCUGUCAGCAUCAUACUGCUCCCCGUUCUUGGUGAACAUGAUACUUUCCGACGCAUGUGCUUACUCGGAGUACUCUGCGUCCGGGCUCCCAGACGACCUAACCGCCAAACGCAUCGAGUUUUACGAGGAGGCCAAACGACUACUUGAUAAGGAAGAGGGCCGCAUCAGCUUGCCGACGGUCCAGGGCUUAGGAGUAUUAUGGAUGUGCGCAUCUAUAACCGGCCGUGACCGGCAGGCGUGGAUUAAGGGUGCGCAGCUUGCAUAUUCACUCCGCGAGCUAUCCCAAGUGUCCUGUAAUCUCCCACCAGAGGCCGACCGGGAUGCAACCGCCCUGCCCACGAUUGUUAACAACACUAACUGGGGAUUGUUCAACCUCGCCAUGGUUCACGCUCUAUUUGCGAGGAAACGCCCUAUCGUUGGACCACCCGCCCAUUCUCCCUCUGCCAGCAACCAAUGCGACCACGAUAUGUGGUAUUCAUAUCCAAACAAAUCAGCUGGUGUGGAGUCACACACAUCCUGCCUAUUCACGGCGGUAUGUAAUUUAAGCCGAAUCGCCUAUAAGCUCGGAAGAUUUCUGUUCUCCCAAAACAAACCAUCUUCGGAGCGUCUCGAUAUAACAAAUGGGGAACUUGACGCACUACGGGAUUUAAACGAGUGGGCUGACCGACUACCGGAGUGCCUAAAAGAAAGCAUUGCCGAUCUCCCUCAUGUUCUCUCUUUGCACAUGUACAACCACGCUAUCUUGACUGUAGUCUACGGAUUUCUAAGAGCUCGUCCCUUAUACCUGCCGAAUCCAUCAGCUUUGAGCCCCACUGUCCGUGACGCACUCAUGGCUCCUGCACGUGCCUGGGCCACAAGUCUUUCGUCGGCUCGCAAUAUUGCCCAUUUGACGCUUGUCCAUCGCGCAUAUUGGGGAUCCGAUCGCAUGCCGGGGGCCACCGUGCACUGUAUUAUGGCUGCCCUGUUUGCUCUACUUGACAACGUGGAUGACCCGGCUAACCGUGAUGCAUUCAUUUCACUCACGGCGGCGGCCGCCGCGUUUUCGCGUCAGUGGGAAAGUCCUAACACCCUGCUGCGCAAUAUCCAGAACAUUGCACGGCAGCGGGACGUCACCCUCCCUCCGGAAACAUGCGCUUUCUUCUUGGAUCCAGACCAGCCUUCGGGGAACAGCACUCCCAUCAAAGCCGAAACCCCCUGA